AUGGGGCUCCGAGAUGCACUGAAGAAGAAGGAUGCUAUACAGCAAGACCAAGAUGCAGAUGGAAGAAUGGCCGGCCCGGACAUCACGUUUGUUGGCUCCGACACGGUCUCGCAACAGGUGAUUAUGCCGUCGGACGAAAACGCCCUCGGCUACAACGACGGCUUGCUAUCGCCCUCGUCGACAAGUGGAGAGCACCGAAAGUCGAGGCGAAGUUUUGACUUUUUCCAGUCGAAUCAAUCACGAAGCCCAUCUGCAUCGUCCUCGACCAGUCAGAAAUCCAAGAAGGAGAGCACCGCAAGACGCCUCUCCCAUAGGCUACACUUGAGUCGCGCGCCUGAGACCUCGGACCAUGUGCCCCAGAACCUGCCGGAGAUUGUGGUCCCAAACGACGUGCAGGAUGGAGAUGCUGCAGAGCUGCAGUGGGAGAAACGGGCCACCAUGUUAGCCGGGCAGAAUGAUCGGGUGAGGAGUCGGCCGCCUUCAAGGGAUGCCGCAGAUGGCAUGGCGCACAUGAGCCUAGAUGGCCCUCGUAGCCGAAGCGCUUCGGUGCACUCGGGACAGGUGUCGUCCAAACAGAUCGAUGCCGAUAUUCAGGAGGCGAUUCGGCUGCAUGAGGAGGGUAACUUUGUGGAAGCCACCAAGUUGUUCGGGCGCCUUGCAGAUGAGAGCGGCGCCAAUAAUCCACUUAGCCAGGUCCUCUAUGGGCUAGCACUCAGGCACGGCUGGGGUUGCACGCCAGACCCUGGGAAAGCGGUCCACUAUCUAACGGCAGCAGCCUCCAAUGCUGCAUCAGUCGAGGAAUUGGCGAUCCAGGCCGGUCUGAAGAAGGGAGGAGCGGCAAAGGGAGAGCUAGUCCUCGCCAUCUUCGAAUUGGCCAACUGCUUCCGCCACGGCUGGGGCAUCGACAAAGAUCCAAUCGCCGCAAAGCAGUACUAUGAGACGGCAGCGAACUUGGGCGAUACUGACGCUAUGAACGAAGUUGCCUGGUGUUACCUGCAGGGUUAUGGCUGUAAAAAGGAUAAGCUUCGCCUCUUCGAUGGCAACAACAAAGAAAUCAAGCCUCAACCAGGACCAGCAGCGCUGCAGGCAGACUGUGGCUUGCCAGUCAUCAGUCUGGCUGGUCCAGGCUUGGCCCAGGCUUGA